AUGGAAAUCGAAUCGCUCGGUGGCAGCAGAGAUCUGCUACUGAUCGUCGACGAAGCCAGUGGAUGUAUGAAGGGCUUUUGUUUACGAGUGAAGUCCGAGAGUGAAGACUACAUCCGGAAGUACAUCACUAUGCUACAGACGCAAUUCUGUAAGAAGGUCAAGUUCGUGCGACACGACGGAGUCCGCAAGUUUGCAACCAGGUCGCUGUGA